CCCGUGCCGAUCGGGUCAGACCGCACCAGUUCGCCCGCACCCGCACGCACGGAGGCAACCCUUUCUCCCUCCUUCCUCCUGUGGCCUUGCCUGCUUACGACGUACCACCCCCACCGCCCCGCGAGCAUUCCACCGGUCCCUGAUCUCCGGCGACGCCACUGCCUCCGGCAACCCAAUACCGCAAUAUAGAUCUUCGGUGGCCUCCUCCGGAGCCCCUCCUAUUGCCAGGACCCACCACCUGUCUCUUCCAGGCUCAUCCGUUGCAAACCCUAACCCUAGCUCCCGGUGCGGGCUGCGUAGGUCAGGUUUUUAUUGUGUCUUGCGAAUUUGUGAGGAGGUCAUGCUCGUUUGAUGGCUUGGAGUUCUGAGAAAAUGCGCUUGUAGUGAUGUAUGGGCAAAGCUUGCUUCUGUGGUCAAGUGGAUACUGAGCCGUGCUCUAUGGGAGGAAUUGUUGAAUGUGGUCUGAGCACUGACACAAAAACUUCCCCUCGCCGUGUGGCCAUAGAGAAAGCUCAGGAGGAGCUGAGGCAGGAAUAUGAUGUCCGUGAAGAACGGAGGAGGGAGCUUGAGUUUUUAGUUAAGGGAGGCAAUCCCUUGGAUUUCAAACUUGGACAUGUAGUGUCGCUGAGUGUACAGUCCACUUCUGUCACAGAUCAGAUAGCCGAACAAAAUGUGAUGAGUGAAGCAAAAGGUAGUUUCACAUUUGCUGCAUCACCUCAUGGAGAUUCGUUUGGUAGUAGUGGCAGACCAGGAAGUUCAUGUCGUGAAGCCAACACAGCUGAUAAUCUUAUGCUUUUAGAUGGAGAUACCAGCAAAAUAGGUGGGGAGAAACUUGUGAAACGCGGUACUAAAAGAAGUAACACACCUCAACCCGAGAUGUCCUUUUGCAAUGAUGGCCAGAAUAACACAAAAGAAGCUGAAGAUUCUGGUCUGUUCCGCCAUGGGGCAAAGAGCCAAGCGUAUGCUCGACGCAGGUCAAAGUCAAGCAGGGAGAAUGUAAAUACUGUGCCUAUUAGGUCUCCACCAGUUCCUCCUUUAAGUUCUCAUCGGGAAGAUACAAAAGGUGUAGUACAAGAAGCAAAAAAUGAUGAUCAUGGCGCCUCAUCCAGUGCGGCUCCAAUACCGAGAAGUUCAAAUGGUAACGAUAUGUUGAAUAAUGCGCCAAAUAAUCAAAUGGCAGUGAAGAUGUGCAGUGUUCAAGCAAUUCAUGAAGGCAGGCAAGAAGAAAAACAGGAAAUAACGAACAACCAACAUGUUACUCUAGCUCCCGAAAUCUCAUCAAACAGUGUGUUUGAUAAUUCACAGCAUGCUGGAGGUGGCCAGAUGCCUAGUGCAGCUGCUUCUGCCGAAUCUCCUCAUGCUAUUACAAAAGAAGCUUCUUCAAGGACAGCUUCUUUGCCAUCUACACACAACGAAAUCUUUAGAGAAGCACACACUCCUGAAAAGGCAGAUAUCAGUUGCUCUGACAAAAGAAUGGUUUAUGCUCAUGCAGUUGAUAUCGAAAAUGAGGCUUCUGUUCUGCAGCCAGCCAUAGAAACUGCUAGAUCUAAUGAAAAUGAAGUGGAUCUAACUUGUACAGAUGCCACCAAGACUACUGAUGAGCAUUCAGGUAAAAAUGCUAAUUUUGUAUCAGUGAAGGUUGGUGAAAAUUCUGAUGAAGGCUUGAGUAACACAGUACCUGGUGAUAACGACAACAAAAGAGAUGACCAACUGGAAGGCCGUAGCAGCCCCACUGCUGUGGUUGACGGAUGUGCUGUUGUACAUCCAGAAGUCUGCACUGCUGUGAAAGAUGAAAUUGAAGUUUGUAACGACGUGGCUGACUUGCAAAAGGAUACAGGACGUCCUGCUACUUCUGACCACAACAAAGUGACUAAGGAGGCAGGUUCUGAUUUGGAUAGAAACAACAACUGUUCCAGUGCUUUGAGUGGCUCCGAUAAGUUGGCUUCUGUUGAUGUGCCCCCUGCUUCGCUCACAGAGGAUAUGCCUAAUCCUGUGCUAUCAACUAAAUAUUCUACAUGUAACUUUGACAACGAUGUUACAAAAUGUAGCCGAAAUGAUGCAAGAGUUACGAAAAAGGAAUGUGAAGAUCCUAUUAUGAUAAAGAAGGAAUAUGAAGAUUCUAUCCUUAGAAGGGCUCGGUUUAUAGAGCUGAACGUUAAGAGAGCUGGUGAACAAGCUCUUUGCAAUAUUUCUUUGGAGAAGAAGCGGAAAAGUCACUGGGAAUUUGUUCUGGAGGAGAUGGCUUGGAUGGCAAAUGAUUUCAUGCAGGAGCGUCUGUGGAGAAGUACAGCUGCAGCCCAGAUGUGCAACUGGAUUGCUUCCAGUGGCCGAGCAGCAUUUGAAGAAGCUAUUGUUCACAGAAAGCAGAAAUCUGCUGCUAGAAUUCUGGCCAAGGGCAUAAUCAAUUUUUGGCGUUCAGCUGAGACUUUACGAGCUACUAGUGGUGAGAUUCCUAAAGCGUCACAAAUAGAGAAAUCAAAGGGGAUUGAAGAAAUGAAGCUUGCUGGCACCAAAGCAGAAAAAGAACUGGGUGAUGAAUCCUUUGAACAAGAGAAGCCUAGGUGGUCUCACCACCAUUAUAUUCAGAGUUACGCUCUUCGGUUUCUGGAGUUCAACUGUAAUGUGUCUGAGUGUCUUUCAUUAGCUGAAGCACCAUCAACUCCAGACAGGCUAAAUGAUUUUGGCAUUUUAAAAGUGCCAGAUGAACUUUCAGAAACAAAUCUCUUUUAUGAGGUAGCCCCUGGUGCAAUGCACACAUACAGAGAGUCUGUGGGGUGUAUAUCUGUUUAUAAUAAGAAAUUUGUUAACACUGAACACAAGGAGGAUUAUGAGCCAUCUACAUGCGAUUAUGUUCCAGAUUUACAUAGGGAAAAUGCAUAUGAAGAUGAUGAAGCCGAGGCAUACACUUAUUUAUUGCCUGAAACAUAUGAUGGUGGCUUGGCAUCGAAAUCGAGUCACAAGAAGAAACAACAGCAGAGGAUGAAUGGCAGAAGGCCGUAUGAUAAUGGUGUUGAUCUGCCUUAUGAUCCAUGCUCGGAGAGCAAGCCAGGAAACCAUCCAUUUUUAUCGAAUAGUAAAAGACCUCCAGAUUUCCUUUCCAUUCCUACAAAACGCAUACGGACAGCUGCUAGACAGCGAGUUGCAAGCCCAUUCUCUGCUGGUGUUGCCGGAACCCCUCAGUUCACAAGUAAAACAGAUGCCUCUAGUGGAGACACAAACUCCUGCCAAGAUGAUCAAAGUUCAUUACAAGGCGGUUUUGUCCCCAGGAAGAAUGCAGAUAUUGAAUCCACUGUUGACUUUGACAGACAAUUUAUAUAUGAUGGCAGUGAGGUGUCUACUAAGUCUAAAAAGAAGAAAAAGCCUAAGCACCCCGGGUACAAGGCACCACAAAGUGUGACCGAGUCCUAUACCUUGAUGUCUGGAAAGGCCAUUGCCCAUGAUCCUAGGCCUCAGGUUGAUUUGAUUGCUCAAUAUGAGCAGGUAUUAUGUUUAGCUGUAUGUGAUUAAGCAGCCAACAUUCUUACGGUCAAUCCAUUAGGUUGUGCUUGGUCAAACUGAAUACUGAUACUCCAGCAAGGAAUACAAUUCUUCCAAAUAGCCCUGUAGUCAUUUUGAAGCGGCUACACAUACAUGUUCUAGCAACAAACUAGUGAACAUCAUGCUAAAAUGGUGUUUGAAGGCACGCAAGUGAACUAUAGCAUAACAUAAUUGAUUGAUUUCAGUCAUCCUUUAUGAGUUAUGGAGUGUAUUCUAGUUUGAGAUUAAGAGAGUACUGUAGGGUAACCCUAUGCAGCACUGUGAGCCUCCAAAGUUCAGUACCAC